AUGGCCAUCGAACCGACGCUGGCGGCCCUCGCCAAGAAGACCAACUGCGAGAAGCAGAUCUGCCGCGUGUGCUACGCGCGCCUCCCGCCCCGCGCGACCAACUGCCGCAAGAAGAAGUGCGGCCACUCCAACCAGCUGCGCAUCAAGAAGAAGAUCAAGUAA